AUGGCCGAUAUUACAGCAGAAGGACGUAUAUCUACAACCACGACAAUAAUAGAUGGUAAGAACGGAUCUGUUCCCUCAUCAUCCAUGAAAGUGAGCAAGAAAUCUGUUACUGAAGACCUCGUGACAACGUUCAGUUCACCAGCAGCAUGGAUUCUUGUUGUUGCUCUGAUCGUUACCUGGUCAGCGGUAGCUAUUGUAAUGUUUGACUUGGUGGAUUACAAAGACUUUGCAGGAAGAUCUGUUAACAAGCUCAGCACAGAACCACUGAGAAUCAUUCAUGAGACAUUGGAAGAAUCUACUGACUGGCUUUAUGGCUUUUUUUCUCUACUGUCUGACUUCAUAUGGAGUGAUGAAGAUGACAGUGAUGAAGGUGAAGUGGAAUCCUCUCUGAAAAAAGAAAUUCAUAAGCAGAAAUUGGAGAGACAUGAAAAACGAACACCACCAAAAG